AUGGUCCGCCGCGCCACAAGCUGCCGCCGUGCACAGGUCAGGCUUUCGAUCCGGCGAGCCAAGAAGAUGAACGGCGCGCCGAUCCCCGCGGCGGCCGGCGCCGACGCCGCGCCGACGCCCAAGAAGAAUGCGGUCGCCGAGAUGGCCAGGCACCUCACCGUCGACACGGACGACGCCUUCGCCGGCCUCCUCGAGCUCGCCGCCGACGACGACGCGGACGGCCUGCGCCGCGCGCUGGAGCGCGCGCCCCCCGCCGCCGCGGACGAGGCCGGCCUCUGGUACGGCCGCCGGAAGGCCCUCGAGCAGCGCACCCCGCUCAUGGUCGCCGCCACCUACGGCAGCCUCGCCGCGCUCCGCCUGCUGCUCUCCGUCCCCUCCGUCGACGUCAACCGCCGCUGCGGCCCCGACGGCACCACCGCCCUCCACUGCGCCGCCUCUGGCGGCUCGUCCUCGGCCGUCGAGGCCGUCAGGCUGCUUCUGGUGGCCGGGGCUGACGCCGAUGCCGCAGAUGCGUCCGGGUGCCGUCCGGCCGAUGUGAUCUCUGUGCCGCCAAAGAUGAUUGAUGCGAAGAUCGCCCUCCAAGAUCUGCUUGGGCUCCCAAAGUCUGGGCAUGGCGUGCUCCGGGUGGUGACCAGGGCCACAAACCUGACCUCGUCGCCGGUGUCAUCACCCACCGCCGAGGACGCCCGGUCUCCAUCAGCUGCUGUGAUGAUGAUGUCAAAGUUCCCAGACCUGCCGAGGGUUGCAACCUCAGAGAAGAAGGAAUACCCAGUGGAUCCAUCCCUGCCGGAUAUCAAGAACAGCAUCUAUGCCUCUGAUGAGUUCCGCAUGUACUCCUUCAAGAUCAGGCCGUGCUCCCGGGCAUACUCGCAUGACUGGACCGAGUGCCCCUUUGUGCACCCUGGGGAGAACGCUCGGCGCCGCGAUCCGCGCAAGUAUCACUACAGUUGUGUUCCAUGCCCUGACUUCAGAAAGGGUGUGUGCCGGCGUGGAGACAUGUGUGAGUAUGCUCAUGGGGUGUUUGAGUGCUGGCUCCACCCAGCGCAAUACCGCACUCGCCUUUGCAAGGAUGGCACCGGCUGCAAUCGCCGUGUCUGUUUCUUUGCGCACACCACCGAUGAGCUCCGCCCGCUGUAUGUCUCCACUGGGUCUGCGGUGCCAUCCCCUAGGGCCUCAGCAACAGCUGCAAUGGAGAUGGCAGCAGCAAUGGGCUUGAUGCCCGGUUCUCCGUCAUCGGUCUCGGUAGUCAUGUCCCCAUUUACCCCACCGAGGUCUCCUUCUGGCAAUGGGAUGCCCCCUUCUCUGGGCUGGCAGCAGCCAAAUGUUCCGACGCUACACCUUCCGGGCAGCAGCCUUCAGUCGAGCAGACUCCGAAGCUCACUCAAUGCAAGGGAUAUGCCUGUGGAUGACUACUCCCUGUUGCAGGAUAUUGAUUCCCAGCUUAUAAACGAUCUGUGCUACUCGCGUCUUGGUUCAUCAGCAGGAGGGAACCACAGUUCUCGGACCAAGAGUCUGAACCCUUCAAACCUGGAUGAUCUCUUCUCUGCCGAGAUGGUCUCGUCCCCGAGGUACAACAAUGCUGAUCAGGGUGCUAUGUUUUCACCUUCCCAGAAGGCUGCUAUCCUUAACCAGUUCCAGCAACAGCAGCAACUUCUUUCACCAAUCAACACAGGGUUCUCGCCAAAGGCUGUGGAUAACCAGCAGAUGCAUUCACGCUCAUCCCUCCUGCAAGCAUCACUUGGGAUAUCCUCCCCUGGCCGGAUGUCCCCCCGCUGCGUCGAAUCUGGGUCACCGAUGAACUCCCACCUAGCUGCCGCCCUUGCCCAGCGUGAGAAGCAACAGCAGCAGCAGCACCAACAGCACCAGCAGACAAUGAGGAGCCUCAGUUCUCGCGAUCUCGGGCCCAGUGCUGCAAGAGCAUCGGCUGCUGUUGGCUCUCCUCUGAGCUCAUCAUGGUCCAAGUGGGGAUCUCCUUCAGGGGCACCGGAUUGGGGCGUCAACGGUGAAGAAUUGGGUAAGCUUCGCCGGUCAUCUUCCUUUGAGCUGAGAUCAGGCGGCGACGACCCAGAUCUCUCCUGGGUGCACACACUGGUCAAGGAGUCUCCACCAGAGAAGCAAGUGACCACAGCUGAAUCCAUCAACAACUCUGUUAGACCUUCACCUCAAAUGCAUCCCGGUGUAAGUAAUGGUGAAGGCCCCAGUGUGAGCACGCAGCUGAACCGACAUGACCAAGCCGCGGUUAUUGGAGCGCUGCUCGAGCAGAUGCAGCUUGACGAGCAGAUUGGUAGUCUAGCAGCAACAUAG